AUGGUUAGAGAAUUUAUUUUGUGCUGCUUGUUGCCCGCAAUUCUGGGCGUACCGUUUACAGGCCAAUAUCAUGAAGCAAACGACAUUUUUAACACUACCUUGGAGGAUGAAGUUUUAACUCCCAAAGAGCUUGCGCAAAAAGCGGGAUACACAGCCGAAACUUACCAAGUCGUCACACCUGAUCGAUAUGUUCUGCAACUGGAUAGAAUUGCAGGAUCAAAGAAAAGUCCUCCGUCUAACAAUAAGACAGCUGUACUACUUGUUCAUGGAGUUUUAGAUUGCUCGGCAACAUGGCUUCUGGGAGGUUCUGAAAAGGGUUUA